CCUCUCUCUGAUCCACUGCUGUGGGAGGGCGCGCCUCUGUCGAUCAGAUACACAGAUACAGGGAGGUGAGGAACAGGAGGAACCAAAGGAACCAGAGGAACCAAAAGAACCAGGAAGAACCAGGAGGAACCAGAAGAAACAAUGGGCGUCAAGCUGUACUACACCACCGUUACUGCCUCACGGAAGGUUAAGUCUGAGCAGGCGGAUGUGAUCCGGAUCCUUGACAGUAAAAGCAUCAAGUACGAGCUCAUCGACAUCUCUGUGGGCGGGGAGCUGCGUGAGGAAAUGAGAAGCAAAGCAGGGGACCCAGCAGCGGGCCCUCCCCAGCUUUUUAAUGAGGACCAAUACUGCGGGAACUAUGAAAUGCUGUCGGAGGCGGUGGAAGCAGACACAGUGGAACAGUUUCUGAAGAUGGCGUGAGGAGGGUGAAGGGUAAUUCUCCAUCUUAACCCCAGCCACCCCCCACCCACCCACCCACCCUGCGCCCUGAUGGCGACCCCUUAUCCACCAGUGUCCACCCACUUUCUAUGCCAUAACGAAGAAUGCCAAAUAUCUUGUAUUCAGCAAAUCAGAAGACACACAUUCCCCUUACUGCACCAUUAGACUCUAAAACAGUCUUAAUCUCUUUUAUUUCUACCUGUUGUUUUUUAUAUCUGUUCUUCGUUUUGAUUCCCUUCCUGUCUGACAGACCAGUGUUACUAAGUGCUCCUAGUCCACUAGGAGGCAAUGGGGUUGUCUAGAUGUGCAGUAAUUAGGUCGACUAAUCAUGGUGUCGGCCACAUGACCGCUGGAGAUUAAACUAAUCCACUGGAUGACAACAUUCAACCCAGAAUCUUCCUGAUCCUCUGCAGACCAAACACACACAUCAUCACUCAGUCUUAAAUACUUUUAUUUUGUUUCUGUAGCCUUCAAGUUCCCAUGUUGUACAUGACUGCACACUAUGUGCACUUCACAUGGAAGCAAAUGCAAACAGAAGUAGCAAGGACCGUGAUGUCCUUAAACUCAAUUAGUAAUGAAUUCCAGCAGCUAAAUUAUGCUUUUUUUCUGGCGUUGAUGCUGAUUUUUGUUCAACAAAUCUAUGUUUAAAUUUACUGAGCACUUGCAUGCAUGCUUUCCUUUAAUGCUGGCUUGGGCAUGCCUGAUCCGUGGUGCUGGCGAGAUUGUCAUAACAACAAAAAACAAUCACAGUCUCUUGCUCGGGACACAACAUGUCUGGUGUUGUUGCUAACGUGACAUGCUAGCCGUCCAUGCAAUGCUAAAUGAAAAUACAACCUGAGGAGCUCACACCGGAUUCAUCGGGUGCCUCCCUCUCUCCAGGCUCAUUUUGACGGUUGAUGUCGGGCUGCCCUGUAUUUGUGUUAAUGUGUGUUGAUUGGCUAGCUCCUUCACUUGAGUAUUUGUUUGAACACAACAACGCAUGAUGUCACCAUAUUCCAAGUAAAUGGGCAGCGUUUCAGUUGAAGCUUCCCACAGGUAUGUGUGAGUGCUCUGUCAAUGUUUCUCAUCAUAAUCCAUCGUCUUCGAUAUCUAAUGUCUUGUGCAUUUCACUCCUUACAGUUACAAAGACUAACUUUACUUACAAGUGUUCCGUGCUUGCAAUCUAAUUUCUUUUUUCACCGGAACUCAUUUGGACCAGUUUGCACGUUACUGGCACCAACUGUCUGUUUGAGUGCUGUGAAACUGACAGGAGUGUGUACUGCACGACAGACAAAACAGGGACCUAUGUGUAAAUAUGUUGCUCCAUCGUACCUGCAGAACUCCACAGGGUACCUUUUGAUAUAAGAAUGGUUAUUGGCUUUCAGUAAUAAGUGCUGACUCAGGCUGUAGUCACCAUUUAGUACAAAGAGGUCAUAAAUGUAAAAGAAAAAAGGUAAUUUUUUUUUUAACCAUACACAUAUGUUCUUUCAUAGGUUUAUUCCAGUGUUACAUAGUCGGGUUCAGGCUACGGCCCUGUUUCAAAAAAAAUGUGGGAUUUGGGGACUGAACCCGCUCCUUAGAUAUGUUAUAAUUGUGUCCAGUGAACCAAAAAACCAAAAUCUAUAUUAGUUGUUUAACAUUUCAGUAAUAAGCUGCCCUAUAUUCAGACCCAUUUGAGCAGGAUGACACCUUUUGCAGGUGAUUACUCACUGGGAUUAGCAUUUAGCUGACAUCUUCUAUGUUUUCCAUAAUUUUACUGUAGAACUUGAAAGCUCCAUUUCACCAUGUUGGCGACUGACGGAGCGAAAAGACGCCACAGGUUUAGAAAGGAGCAUUUCACAGGGAGGUUGGACUGAAAAGAUGUGAAUUAUCUUGCUUUCAACUUCGUAGCUUUGUUCCUUCCUCUUUUUAUUUACUUUGGUUACAGUUCCACUUAAUGUUCUGGGCGUGAAGAUGCAGUUAUGUGACUAUGCACCCGAACCCUUCCUCAUUCUGAACUGAAAUAAAGUCAAAGCUGUGUUUAGAUUGACCUGACUCAGUCUUACCAGCCUUAGGGAACACUCAUCACAUGGGAAAAAUUAAGGCUUCACUUAUUUGUGCUUUUUAUGCGUUUGUGUUUAUUCAUUUGAUUGAUCUCAUUUGAAAUAUUAUUUUAUGUAUUUGUCUUUUUUUUUUUUUUGUAAUCGAGAAAAUGUUUUCCUUCUCUUACUCCUAACACCUGUCAAACCCCUCCAUGUUGUCAUGAUGGUGUUGUCAAGGUUUAGGAUCCCCAGUAAUGGCAGCCUACACACAAACGUUGUACACUGUUUUGUAAGUCGAUGGUUGUGGACGUUUGCCUGUUAUUGGUGUGUUCACUAUGAAUCAUGUUUUAGACAUUCCAUGUCUCUCUCUGAGCUCCUGCUUCGCUUUUGGACCAAUAUCUCUUGGCCAAAAAAAGAACAAAUUAGGGAAUAAAAUGCUGUUGUCUUCCAAGAAGAUUGUGAAAAGGGAUGUAUGGGUUAAAGAAAAAUAAAUUGGAGUUGAAUCUA